UUUCCAACCUUCAAAUGGCUGUCCUACCAGACACUCUCAAAGUUCUUGAAGAUACCUGUGUAUUUCCUCCACCAGGCUCAGUUCCUACAACUUCUCUUCCUCUUACCUUCUUUGAUAUACACUGGCUUGGUUCUUCUCCCAUGCAACGCCUUUUAUUCUAUGAUUUCCCAUACCCUACCUUUUAUUUCAUGCAAAGCACUCUUCCCAAUCUCAAAAGAUCUCUCUCACUCACUCUGCAGCAUUUCUUCCCCCUUGCAGGCAAUCUUGUGUGCCCUCCACCGCCUCAAAAGCCUUAUAUUCUGUACAAAGAGGGUGAUUCUGUUCCGUUUAUCGCCAAAGAAUCCACGGCAGAUUUCAGCCAUCUCAUAGGCGACCAUGCGCGACAUGUUCAAGAAUUUCAAGCUCUUCUCCCCAAACUGAAACCGGCAAGUACGUACUCACAUAGCACGACUAGUACUGCGUGCAUGCAGAAGGCUCUCAUGGCCAUUCAGGUCACUCUAUUUCCAAAGGCAGGCAUUUGCGUAGGUGCCACGUUUAACCAUGUUGCAGCAGAUGGUAAGGCGUUUACUCAUUUUAUGAAAUCAUGGGCAUCCGCUCAUAGAUCUCAAGGUGAUUUCAUGACUUGUCUGAACAAGUCCCUACCCGAUUACAACAAGGAUUUGAUCAAAGAUCCUCUGGGGCUAGCGUCCAUUUUCAUGAAGGACAAGUGGAAUUGGGAGGAUUUGGACAGCAUUCCCUAUGACAAGUUUCGGGUCACUUUUGUCAUCAAACGAUCCCAGGUUGAGUUAUUGAAAAAUUGGGUCACAAGAAAGUGCAUGGAAGAAAAUGGAUCGGAGACAUUAAGGAGGUCAACCUUUGUCGUAACAUGUGCUUUCAUGUGGGUUUGCUUGGUCAAAUUACAAGAAAGUGGAACUCAUGAUCUUUCAUCAACCGAUAGUUAUAACAUGCUUUGCCAUUUCAUUUUUCUAGCAGAUUGCAGAGACCGCCUGAAAUUGCCUGCAACAUACUUUGGGAACUGCCUCGAGCCACGUUUUGCAGCAGCUAAGAAGAGUGAGCUGCUUGGAGGGAAAGGAAUUCUCGUGGCUGCAAAGGCUAUUGGGAGAGAAGUCAUGGAAUUGGAGAAAGGAGCAUUGAGAAAGGCAGAGAAAUGGUUAUCGAGGGCAGAGGAAAUAUUCAAAUUUGGACGCCAUGUUUGCAUAGCUGCAUCACCAAAAUUGCGUGUGUACGAGACAGAUUUUGGGUGGGGAAGGCCAAGAAAAACUGAGGUGGCUCACAUUGGUUCUUUUGGAUCCAUUUCUAUGGCUGAGAGUAGAGAAGAGGAAGGUGGUGUUGAGUUUGGCUUAGCACUUGCUCAAGAUGAAUUGGAUAGCUUCAACGCUGUUUUUGAGCAAGGAUUAUUAAAGCUACAAUAAACUGUUAAAUUACGAUUAACUAAUUGUUGGAGCUGAAUAUAAGAAACUACAUACAUCUUUAUAUACAGAUUCUCUUGUUGAUGUUCCUGCUGCUGGAAUAAAGAGUUUGCUGCUGAGAUCAAG